AUGGACCGCCUCGCAGGCCAGACCAGCACAAGCGUGCCAUACCCCCAGCGCCAGGUCGUUAUCCUCGGAGCCGGAAUCAUUGGCUGUGCUGCAGCCCGUCAGCUCCUUCUCGAUGGAUUUUCCGUGGUCAUCGUGGCCGAGUUCCUGCCGGGAGACCAGGACAUCUUCUACGCCUCCGCCUGGGCCGGAGCCGCCUGGCAUGCCGCAGGCGGGAUAUCACCCGAACAUCGCUAUCUCCAGGCCAGGUCUCAUCGACACCUGCGCCGCAUGGCCCUGGAGGACCCCGACUCUGGGGUGUGCAUCGUACACGGACUGGAGUAUCUGGAGCAGCCUCCAGGACCAGAUUCAUCGAUGUGGGGAAGGACGGUCUGUUCUAACUUCCGGGAGCUCAGUCCGGAGGAGUACCCGCCCCAUUUCAGCGCUGGAUGGUCUUACGACACAAUCGUCACGGACCCGACCUUACAUAUGCCCUACCUGGGCCGAAAGAUCCGGGCACUCGGCGGUCAAUUCAUUCGGAAACGAGUCGAGUCCCUGCAGGAGCUGUUUGAGAUGUUUCCGCAGUCGUCCAUCUUCGUCAACGCCAGCGGUCUCGGCAGCAAGUACCUCCGCGACGUCCAGGACAGUGCCUGUUACCCGGACCGCGGCCAGAAUGUGUUGUACCGGACGGAUCUCACGGGGACAUCGUUCUUCCGGAACGGUCUGGAGUACACCUACAUCAUCCCUCGCCCGUUGUCCCAGGCCGUAGUGCUGGGAGGCGUGAAACAACGAGACAACGUAUCGCCCGACCCCGACCCGGAAAUCGCUCGGGAUGAGAUUGCGCGGGCGCACCGUCUGGCCCCCGACGUGGUCCCCGAGAAUCCACCGCCAGAUACGCUGAGUUAUAUCGUCGGUAUUCGCCCAUCACGUGACGGUGGCUUUCGGUUGGACUCGCAAGAGAUCGGUCAACGCAUGGUGGUGUCGGCGUAUGGAUUUGGGGGUGGCGGAUAUGCGUUCUCUUAUGGAGUGGCGGAUGCUGUGCUGCAGAUGGUUCAGGACGCUGAGAAACGAGCCGUGGUAUGA